GAUGUUCGCCAUUUCGAAGGUGAGCGCGAGGAUACGAAAAUGAUGGGUGUGUCGGGGACUAUCACUAAACUGACUGUCGCGUCGUACUGCGUGACGCCGAGCAGAAGGUCUGACAUGUCCUGUCAAACCGUGGACGAGGAGACUAGAAGCACUACAAGCAGAAGAGCAUCCGACGACGCAGAUCAAAGGAAAGAGAAGCCAAGACUGAGUGCAACGCAAAAAGAACAAACUCGCGAGUUGUCGAUCAUGAAGCCGGAAGUGUUCAUACUAGAAGGCGAGAAGGAGAAAGUGAGAAUCUCAGUGGGAAUCGAGAAGGAAACGAUUAAACAUCCGUCAAGAUCAGGCUCGAAGUCCUCAACGACGAGAUCAGUGAAAUUAGUCGCGCGACCGAGUUCGAUCGAAGCGAAAUCUGAGAACCGAUCCUUGGACAGGUCGGUUGUCGAAGAUCAAUCCGAGACCGUGAUGAAAUCGGGAGAUCCCGCGUUAGUAUCGCCGCCGUUGAAAGUAGCUCAGAUGAUAGAUCUGUUGCAAGAAAUAGAGGGAGCUAAAGGUUCCGCGGACGCGACUGAAUUUUCGGUAUCCAAGGACAAAGAUAGAAAGGACGAGGACGCGACGAGGGAAACGGAAAGAUUGGAAGUUGAGAGAAUGGUCGAUGAAGUGUUACGAGAAGAAAUGGUGGAGAAAGUAAUAAGAGAAGUCGAAGAGGAGGUGCAAGGGAAGGAUGAAGAGACUGAAGAGUUCAAGUCUGUUUUGAAAGAAGAUGCAGGUGUCGGUGAACCUGUCGCAGGAAAAGAGUCCAGUGGGAAAUUGGCAGCGGAAAGAGUUCAGGGGAAAAGUAUCGAUAGCGAUGUCACUGCGAGCAGCGCGGACGAAAGUGUGUGUUCCGAGUCGAGGACGAAAAAGUCAUCGUCGAGGAAAUCGAGCAGGAACAGGGAGGUAUCGGUGGAAACGUUGUCCUCGCCUAAGCUUGAAGCGGAAACGCAAGCAACUGACACAGACCGGUCAUCCAGCAAAUCGAAAAAGAUUUCGUUCCCGAAGAAAAGGAACAAAAUCGAGCCGUACGAACAAGUGCACUCCGACAUACAGUCUCAAACCUGGUGCCCUGAACCUCCCUGCGAGACCGGCGUAAUGGCUACCAGUAGAUUAGACAACGAGAAAUUUAUAACAGACAAGCAUGGUGUUUUGGCAGAAGUUCCUAUUUGCCCUUCUUGUAGAAGAAUACAGCAUUUUUCAGUGUCACCGUCUACCCAGUAUUACAGCGUUUACAGGGACAAGCGAGGCAGGCUGUACUGCAAGUAUUGUUCGCCAUUAGGUUCAAUUAAAGUGCUGUACAAACAUGACGCGUGUGAACAGAGAUCUUUGAAAUGCUCGCGUUGUAGAAAUCUGUUGAAUCAGAAGGCUAGUCGAAGCGAAGGAACUUCCUCUCGAAUCAGGACCGACACCUGUCCGAAAUGUGCUCAAACGCAAUUCCGUUCGUAUUUAGCCACGAAAAAGUAAUUAUUCGUAGGAAAUGAGACUUCAGUGAGCAGAAAAGAUGGAACGACGUGUGAUUCACGAUAUGGUGCCUGUAAGAAAUGGAAGAUAAAUUAGGUUAAGCGUCGAAUCAUCGAAAUUUAAAUAGGUCUGUAAAAAAUAAUUAAGAGUUAUCGAUUAAGAGAAAUUCCUCAUGUGUAUAUAACGAUUUGAGAGUAAUUAAUAGUAUGUACAUUUUGAGAAAUAUAAUUGUAUUUUAUUAUAAAAAUAUUUUCAUCUCACAGAUGACCAACGACACUGCUACAGUACUGUUUAAUUAUUCUACUAAUUAUGAUACGGUUAAUUAACAAUGCUGUUUUGUUGAUUACGCUAGGCCGCAUUUAUUUGAAGGAAAUUAACACAAAUUGUACACUGUUCAGGUAAGACACAACCAACAUUCGCAUUAGAUCACUGUAUACAAGUGAAGCAAUUUUUCCAACGAUGUUUAAAAAUCGACAACACCGUGAAAAAUACUGUAAAACGAUAUAUUGUUAUUUACAUCGUUG